CCCUUCUUCCUGUUUAUAGUAUUUCCUGUUCCGGUUUUCUAAACGCGUAAACAGAGGUUUGAAAACAUACAUUUGUCAUUUGCUUCCAAGAGAGCAAAGAUUGUUUUUUUUCCUCUUAGAAAUAGCUCAGGUUUAGAUUUUUGGAGAUGCACAGACCGGAUUUCAGACAACCCGGUCCGGGCGGAAUGGGAUCGCGAGGUGGUUUCAGAAGCCCGACAGGAUUCGACAACAGCGCGGUGGGAAUGAAUCCGUCUCCACCGUGGGGAUUUCGUGGUGGUCCCCCUCCGUCUUUUGGACCGCCUAGAUUUGGCCAGUUUGAUAGUGCUUCUCCAAAUACUCCUCCAAGAGACUUUAGUGGUAACGGUAGUCGGGAUUAUCACAGUGGAAGUGGGGGUAAAGGAAGAUUUAACAACGGCUCGUCUCCAGCGUAUACACCGCGUAGACAGAAUCCGAGUCCUCAUGGCGCUUCUUACAGAAAUUCUCCAUAUCAUUCACAAAGUCCUGGACAACAUAUGGGUUAUCAGGGUUCCCCUCGGCAUUCCACUCCGUUUGGGCCGCGUGGUGGCAGAGGCCAGGGGGCACAAGGUGGUGUGGAGAAGUUUUACAACGCUUCUAUGCUGCAGGACCCAUGGGCUAGCCUACAGCCAGUGCCGGUCACGAACACAACCAGCUCCCAACAGCAAACCACACAUACAGGCAGGCCAGGGAGAUAUUUCAACUAGGACUUUCCCCUUCAAACCAUGCAGAUGAGGCCUCAAACCUUUCCGUUUUCAUAUUUGCCCUGUCCUUUUCUUUUGUUUCGGACUAUUACCAAAAACCAUUGAAGUGUGGUAAAGUUGCCUAUAACACAGACUUCUAUAGUACAGCAGUCUUUGAAGAUGUCAGAGGAUUCACCAGCAAUUGUUAGCGGACACACACUGUCCACUAUCUGAAGCUCUUUUCCAGCACACCUUGUGAUCACACCUUUACUUUUUAAACCUGAUCGUGGGACAUUCUCAAUUUCAGGGCAAAUGGCAGCAUACUAAAAACCAAACACAGGGAAUCAAUUAUAUUUGAAAAAUUCUUUCGUGAAUUUUUUUGUUUUAUCCAUUUUGCAGGCUAGUUUAAUACCAUACAUGGUAUGUCUGUGUGUACCUUUUUAAUCAUACGUUUCCCGUUUUUAACAUUGUCAGUAUAAAGUGUUGAUUAGUAAGGGGACCUUUUUAUUUACUUUUACCCCUCAGAAGUACAGCUGUGAAUCUCGAGGUCUGUAUGCACAAAGCAUAUCCCAGUAGGAAUGCUGCUCUACAAUCAGUGUUGCCUUUUAAAAAAUAAAAUACAAACCAUAGUGAAUCAGAUUACGUGGACAGAUCCUAGAUCAGCACUCCUACUCUGAUGUUUUUGUGGAUACGGGCCCUGAUCUCCACAGGUUAGCAUUGCGUUGGAAGAACUGAUUGAUUAGUCGGGUCUAGCCUGUUAUGAUGGACUGUAUAAACCUCCCAUUUGUUCUAGGCCUAUAUUACAUGUGAAAUGUAUUUUACUGGUAUUUCAAGAUGGGCAAUAUAAACCAGUGACUUGUCACUGCCUCAGGUUUCUACAUGUGUAAAUAUGUAUUCUAACGGAUAUGUGUUUUCUUACUGUCGAGAAAUAUCAUUUGGAAGUUUGGUGUAAUUGUUUGUAGUAAAUUCAAAAAUGGUUAAAAAAAAACAGUUGUGAUUAGUUUGACUUGCCCGCAGCGUAUCACCCUUGCCCUGUGUAGGGUGCAGUCUUUUGAAUUGGGAUGUUAAAUGGUUGUCCUGACUCUCUGGUCAUGAGGUGUUAACCCUGGUGUCCUGGCUAAAUUCCCAACCUAGCCCCAUUUCCAUCAAGGCCACCUAAUCACCCCCCUUCCCCUCAUUUCUAAUUGGCAUAUCACUCCUCACCUGAUGGGUGGUGAGCGUUGGUGGCUGUGCAUCACCCAGGUGUGCGAGGUGAUUGGUUGGUAGUAAAGCGUUAGAUAAACCUGAUCCAUUUAUUACUUUCUUAUGAUUGGCCAAAGACUUAGGCCUACUCGAUUAUGUAAAUGCAUGAGUGGCUUCCUUAUGUAAUCUGUUAACUUUUAAGUCUCGAUAUAUGAUUUUACAAAUUGACAUGGUGCUUGUCCCUUAUGCAACAGUACUACAUACAUUUGUCUAUGUAUAUACACUCACAUGUGAAAAUGUAGUUUACUCUGGUUUGAAAUUUCUAUUAAAGAUUGCUUUAACUUUUA